AAAUAAAGAGGUAGAGAGAGACGAAAUAGUACGAUCACUGAAGAAUAUCAAACGUCCAUAGUCAUUACCGGUCACCGGAAAUACCAGUUCCUAACUCAUCACCUCUCUCCCUUUAAACAACCAUGUCAGUAACCGGACCAUUCAGUCACCCAAGAAACCUUAACCCAACAGCUCCGGAGUUCUUUCCGGCAACAAACCAAAACCCCUUCUUUAUUCCGACAAGAUUCUACCUCCCUCCUCCUCCUCCUCCGCCGCCGUACCUUUCUUUUUUCCCUCUCCCUCCUCCUCCUCCUCAUCUUCCACCGACUUCAAUAACACCAACCAGAGCCGUGAUGUUAUUACCAGUCCCCAGUGACGUCACCGAGACAUCUCUAAGACGAGACAUGGAACUGUUCGGUGAAGUCCGUGGAGUCCAAAUGGAAAGAGUAGAUGAAGGAAUCGUGACCGUCCAUUUCUACAAUCUAAGAAACUCACAAAGAGCUUUGAACGAGAUACGUUACCGUCACAUGCAAGAACAAGAACAACAUCUCCACUUCACGACGGCGCGUGGACUUAUCUCCGGCCAUUCUCUGUGGGCCCAUUUCGUGUUUCCUCAACUCAAUGCUGUUCCCGAAGGAAACAAUCAAGGCUCACUUGUGAUUAUGAACUUAGAACCCACCGUCUCUUCCACAACUCUCCGUCACAUUUUCCAAGUUUAUGGAGAAGUGAAGCAAGUGAGAGAGACACCGUAUAAGAGAGAACAGAGAUUCGUUGAGUUCUUUGACGUUAGAGACGCUGCAAAAGCUCUUCGUGUAAUGAACGGAAAAGUUAUCUCCGGUAAACCAAUGGUUAUCCAGUUUAGUCGUCCCGGUGGUUUAACCAAGAAACUCUUCCUCGCUUCACGCUUUCAUAAAAACUUCAUCUUUAACAACAACCACCACUAUCUUCCGCCACCACCACCACCGCCGAUGGUGUUGAAUAAUCACAAGAAGAAGAAGAAGCUUAAGAAGUUUAUAAAGAAGAAUCGGUUUGGUGCUCACUUCAUGAUAAACGAAAACGCUAUCGCCGGCGGCGGCGAGUUCAGAGACGGAAGAACCACCGUGAUGAUCAAGAACAUCCCAAACAAGUACACACAGAAGCUGCUUUUGAAUAUGUUGGACACACAUUGUAACGAUUGUAACCUAAAGGUAAUCAAAGAAGGGAACAAAACUCCUAUGUCUUCUUAUGACUUUGUCUAUCUCCCGAUUGAUUUCAGCAACAAAUGCAAUGUGGGAUAUGGGUUUGUGAAUAUGACAUCACCAGAAGCAGUGUGGAGACUUUACAAGACUUUUCAUAAUCAACAUUGGGGAGAUUUCAACACUAGAAAGAUCUGUGAAGUCACUUAUGCUCGAAUCCAGGGUCUUGAGUCGUUAAAGGAACAUUUCAAGAACGCUAGGUUACCAGGAGUAGAGAUGGAGGAGUACAUGCCGGUCGUUUUCUCGCCGCCGCGAGAUGGACGGUUGUUACCGAAGCCUGUAGCCAUUGUUGACCCUUGGGAUAAACCGGUGGAUGAUAAAGACAGCUGUUGUGGUAACUCACGAGAAGGGUUUGUUGUGUCCGACAAAAAGAUGGAAGGAAGUGAUGGUUGUAGUUGUUGUCUUGGUGAGAGAAUCGAAAACGGCGGCGUUUGAGAUGACGUAAGGAGGAGAAACAGUAAAUGAAAAUUAAUGAU